UGUCUUUCUCUGCCUGACUUAUUUCACUUAGCAUAAUGCCCUCCAGUUCCAUCCAUGUUGCUACAAAUGGCCAGACUUCAUUCUUUCUCGCAAUGCACUUUUAAACGAAAAAAUUUUGCAAAGGAAGUGGCUGUAAUGUGAGAUGGGGAAGUAGCCUUGGGAAGCCAAUGGCUAGUUUGAUAUGUUGUUGGAUGACAGAGGGUGUAAAGGGACAGUAGGAGAAAGAAUAACCCAAUAUUCAUAAGCAUGUUCUCUCUCUUUCUGAUCCUACUCUCCUUAAUUCCUGUUGUACCUCUGGCAGCAUUGGGAGAAGACCAGAACUUAACCCAAACACGCAUAGAGACUACUACCAUGAAGCCCUGGGUUCUCCUACUCAACGUGAUCAUCUAUGGGGUUGUGAUGCCUCUGCCUGUGCUGGGAGGCCUCAGGAACAAGACAUUUUUUUCAGUUGGAAGAACAGUGGUUGAGCAGUGCUGGAUACAGCCUCUGUUCCAGUACUGUGAGAAGAGGUGCACUAGAUUACAGGAGUGUUUAUCUCCCAAUCAUACAUGCUGCUGGACCUUCUGUGGAAACAUCUGCUUGGACAAUGAGUGAGUUGUUUGGAGUGGCAAGGUCGGGCCUAGAUAUGCUUCCUCACUACUGGUCACCCUCAUUCAGAAGGUGGGACCUGGAACGGAAGUCACCCAAAUCCCGGACAAAGAAACAGGCAGCAUAAGUCAAUGCCCUACUAUCUCUGUACCUAGGCUGACAUUCAGGGCAAAAUAAAUCAAGACACAAACAUGGGGGGCUCCACUUUUCUCCCUUCUCAUUCAGUUCCCCCAAAAGGUCACCCAUCAGUUAUUCAUCCCUCCUUUGUCCAAGGCCCCGAUUAUGGACUCCUUAGUCUGGCCUCUGUGUGGGCCCCUUGUCUCAGGCAGGCCCACGAGGCCCAGUCUCCACCUGUGUGAUGAAUUGGCAAACUUCUUGGGAGAAAUUGCUUAAAAGUGGGUAACCCCUGAAUUACAGAACAAAUUCCUUUUCCCAUUAACCGGGGCCAGGGGUGUUGUUAAGUUUGGGAAUGGGUGUUCCCUGACUUUUAACCAUCUGACUUUUCUCUUCCAGAGAACCCUUUAAAUCCAUGCUAAACCUCUAGGCUCUAGCUGCCCCACCACUGAUGUGGGCUAGAGGAUGCCUAUGUAGUCUAAGAAGAGUGCUGCCUGGCUACCUGUUGAGUUAUUCCCUUGCCCUGGCUGAGGACCAUUCUAUUCUCCCCUUGAUCUCUCUGUCCUGGGAAGUUUCAAGUCUCAGCCAAAUAAACUGACAACCAACCCGA